UGCUUUGCAAGGGAGGGCAGGAAAUGACCGUUCCCACGCCGAGGGGACCGCUUUACAGGAAGCUGCGCUCUCGCCAAACGCUGGACCGAUCCUUCCUUCCUUUGCUGGUCCUUCCUUUCCCGCAGCUGCCCGGCUUGCGAAGCUCCCCCCCCCGCCUCCUUGCUGGGGAGCGGCGAAGUCGGAGGCUUCUGGCGGGCUGCCAAACCAAACCGGGAGAUCUGCUGGGUCUCCAGAUCUGGAGGCGUGGAGGGAUCUUGUGGUGCUAAACUAGAAAUCCCCCCAAUAUUGCACCUUCUGCACUUUUGCUUGCGGGGCGCGCCGGAGUCUUAAUUUCUGCGAGGAGAGGAGCUUCUUGGUUAGAGAUUUGAAUUCUGCCCAGUUCUCUUGAGGACUCCGGCAAGUUUAGGGUUGGGUUUUCCUGUUGAGAGCAUCUGGAGCAUUGCGAGGAUCUGAGUUUCCUGACUUUGGACAGCAUCUGCUUUUCAGGAUUCAAGAAGGGAAACAGCCCCUUCUGCUGCAAUCCAAGGCUUCAGGCUGAUCUGCACCCCCGUGUCAAUAUUCCUGAUAUUUGAGUCUUUGCAAAGUGGCACCCUGGAUACAUAUUAACACACCAAAAAAAAUCCCAUCGAGAUUUCUUAAAUUUCAAGAGAAACUUGCAUAUCCUUUGUAAUGUGUACCAUAGGUGGAAGUGGUACAUGUUGUGUGUUCAUGUCCAAGAUUUUUUGUUUUCACCCGUUGCAAUGAUCUUUCCAUUAGUGAUUGUGCUCUAUUGUUUUUGCUUUUAAUCCCUGCAAGCCACUCUGGUGUAUAUUUUUCAGGAAGGUACAUUGUAAAGGUAUGAAAUAAAGUUUUUUUUGUCAGUGCUUUGGAUUAUAGUGUUCUACACUGUUUUCAUCUUAGCCUGCCAGCUGGACCUAAUUCCCAAGGAAUCCAGUCAUGGAGGGGAGAAAUGCCUCAUUCUUCAAGAUGGCCGAAGGGGAUUCUACUCCCAUGAAUGAAAGUUGCUUUGCAGAUUCAGAAAUGAGUUCGGAUUUAUCUGGACAAACAGCAAGGACUCAGCAGGACAUUCUGAAAGAAGAAACUGGACCUUGUGUUGUCCGUCGUUGCCCUUUCAGGGAGUUCUGUUACCAGGAGGCUGAAGGGCUCCGAGACGUAUGCAGCCGACUCCACCAUCUUUAUGAUCGGUGGCUGAACCAAGAAGACCACAUGAAAACUCAGAUGAUGGAUUUGGUGGCCCUGCCCCCGGCCAUCCUGGCCCAGAGGGAGAACUGUGUCUGGGUGUGUGGAGCAGAGACCAGCUCUCAGGAAAUGGGUCUGGCUGGAAGCUUCCUCCUGAACCAGGGGGAGCAGAAAAUGCAGCAAAAACAGCAGGUUCGUGCGCUGUUCAUGGAGAUGGCCACCCAUGGUUCUAAAGCAUUAGGGGAUGUGUCACAUCUCCCUCAAGAAAUUGUCUUCGGGAAGAUUUCCCAGGAGGCCCCAUCUCAGGAGAUUUCAUCAGAAAAUGGAGCAGCGGUGAUUAUACCAAUGGAAAGGUCUCUUCUUUGUGGUGGUGCAGAAACAAUGGUUGUACUUCCAACUCAGGUUCUGGUGUCCUUUGAAGAUGUAACUGUGUUUUUCUCUGAGGAAGAGUGGGCUCUGCUGGAUUUUGACCAAAAAUCCCUGUACAGAGAGGUCAUGCUGGAAAAUGCUAAGAAUGUGGAGUCCAUGGUUGACAGGCAGAAACCAGAGAAUUAUAAUGAAGCAGGCGUGAAUUUUUUGAAACGAACUGAAACUAGAGAAGGGACAUUGCAAAAUCAGGAGGAGCCAAACAUGACUGAAAACCAGUUGAACAACAGGAUGGAGAAAUCCUCUAAUUUGAAGUAUGGCGAAAAUCGCACCUUCCAUAUGCAAUAUCGCAAAAAAAAAGGAAGCUGUUUAAAAGCUGAAAAAAUGUCCAUCCAUAAAUCAGAUGUCCAUGAAUAUAGCAGUAUCUGCACUAAAGAGAAGCAGCCUGACUGCAAGGAAUAUGGAAAAAAUAAUAAUCUGAAUCUCGGUCUUACUCGACAUCAAAACAUUGAGAUACCAAAAUCACAUAAAGGUUCAGACAGUGGGAAAAAUGUUAAUGAGAGCAGCACUUUUAACUCCCAGAAAACAGCUCAUAGAGUGGAGCAGUCAUGUAAAAGCAGAGAAUGCAUAACAAGUUUCUAUGCAAGCAGUGAUCAUAUUGUGCACAAAAAGUCCCAUCCAGGAAAGAAACCUUAUAAAUGCAUGGAUUGUGGAAAGAGGUUCUAUACAAGUAUUGAUCUAACUUCGCAUAAUAGUAUCCACACAGAGGAUAAGCCACUUAGAUGCACAGACUGUGGAAAGAGCCUCACCACAAGUCGUUCCCUUAGUGCACAUAAAAGGAUCCACCCGGGAGAUAAACAACACAAGUGCUUGGAAUGUGGGAAGAAUUUCAGCCGGAGUGCUUCGCCUAAUUCCCACGAACCGAUCCAUACGGGGAUGAAACCAUAUCAACGCUUGGCAUGUAGAAAGCGAUUUUGUUCAAGCGAUGAUCUCAUGGCCCAUCAGAGGAUCCAUACAGGGGAGAAACCGUUUAAAUGCAUGAAGUGUGGGAAAAACUUUGCAAUGAGACGCGGUCUUCAUUCUCAUGAAAGAAUUCACACAAGGGAGAAAGCAUAUGAAUGCACGGAGUGCGGAAAGACCUUUGCAAGUAGAAGUGAUCUUACUUCCCAUAAGAAGAGCCACACAGGGGAAAAACCGUAUCAAUGCUCGGAGUGUGGAAAAGGCUUCAGUUGGAGUAGUAACCUUACCUCCCACAGAAGGAUCCACACAGGGGAAAAGCCUUAUCAAUGCAUGGAGUGCACAAAGAACUUCAGAGACAUGAGUUCUUUUACUUCCCAUAAAAGGUUCCAUACGGGGGAGAAACCAUACAAAUGUACGGAGUGUGGGAAGAGCUUUAGUCAAAAGAGUCAACUUACUUCCCAUAAAAGGGUCCACACAGGGGAGAAACCGUAUAAAUGCACAGACUGUGGGAAGAGCUUCACCACAAGUGGUUCUCUUACUGCCCAUAAAAGGAAUCACACGGGAGAGAAACCGUUUAAGUGCACGGAAUGUGGGAAGAGUUUCAGCCAAAGUGCUUCCCUUACUUCUCACGAAAAGAUCCAUACGGGGAUGAAACCAUUCCAAUGCUUGCAGUGUGAAAAGAGAUUUGGUACAAGCAGUGAUCUCAUUUCCCAUAAAAGGAUCCACACGGGGGAGAAACCGUUCAAAUGCAUGGACUGCGGAAAAAGCUUUACUAUGAGACGUGGUCUUACUUCCCAUGAAAGGAUCCACACAGGGGAGAAACCGUACCAAUGCAUGGAGUGUGAAAAGUGCUUUAUAAGUAGGAGUGACCUUACUUCCCAUAAAAGGAUCCACACGGGGGAGAAACCGUAUCAGUGCACCGAGUGCGGGAAAAGCUUCAGUUGGAGCAGUAACCUUACUUCGCAUAAAAGAAUUCACACAGGGGAGAAACCAUAUAAGUGCAUGGAGUGUGGGAAGAGUUUCAGUCAGAGCACCUCCCUUACUUCCCACGAAAGGAUCCAUACAGGGAUGAAACCAUAUCAGUGCAUGGGGUGUGGAAAGAGGUUCAGUACAAGCAGUGAACUCAUUUCCCAUAAAAGGAUCCACACGGGGGAAAAACCCUAUCAGUGCAUGGACUGUGGAAGGAGUUUUAGAGACUUGAGUUCCUUCACUUCUCAUAAGAGGUUCCACACUGGAGAGAAGCCCUACAAAUGCAUGGAAUGUGGAAAGAGCUUUACUCAAAGCAGUCAGUUCACCUGCCAUAAAAGGAUCCACACAGGGGAGAAGCCAUACAAAUGCACGGAAUGUGGGAAGAGCUUCACCACCAGUGGUUCCCUCACUGCCCAUAAAAGGAUCCACACGGGGGAGAAACCAUAUAAAUGCACGGAAUGUGGGAAGAGUUUCAGCCAAAGUGCUUCCCUUAGUUCCCAUGAAAGGAUCCAUACUGGGAUGAAACCGUAUCAAUGCCUGGCUUGUGGAAAGACCUUCAGUCAAAGCAGUCAUCUUAGUUCUCAUAAGAAGAUCCACUCAGGGGAGAAGCUGUAUAAAUGCACCGAGUGUGAAAAGAGCUUUCAUACAAGCAGUUCCCUGAUAUCACAUAAGAGGAUCCACUCUGGCGAGAAACCAUAUCAUUGCAUGGACUGUGGAAAAAGUUUCAUUACAAGCAGUUCCCUUAAUUCGCAUAGGAGGAUCCACACAGGAGAAAAACCAUAUCAGUGCCAGGAAUGUGGAAAGAGUUUCAGCCACAAUACUUCCCUCUCUUUUCAUAAAAGGAUCCACACAAGAGAGAACCCACCUGCCAGCAUAUAAUGUGGAAGGAGUUUCAUUCAGAAUAAUGAAUAUCUGAUAAAAAGAGCCACAAAGAGGAGAGGCCCAACAGAUGUACGCAGUGUGGAAAGAUCUUGGUGUGGUUCCAUUUCUGAUUCCAGUGUCAAAAUAGAAAUGGAAUGAAUUAUGAUUAAAUGAUAGGGAAGGAAGGAAAAGAGAAAGGGUAACAUGGAUGAGGACAAUUACAGGAACGUUUUAGAAAAGCUUCAAUUUACUACAAUGAGGCCAAGAUUGUGUGAUAGGUACGGUAUAGAUCAGGGGUGUCAAACUCAAGGCCCAGGGUCUGGAUCUGACCCCCCAGGGUGCUUAGAUCAGGCGCAUGGGGCCACCCUGGAAACAGUGAAGGACCAGCCCAUGGUGCCUUUGCCCGUGGCCCUCCCGAGCUCUGUUUUUGCUGGCAGAGAGUUGCAAGAGGUCGUCGCAGCCGAAAACAGCUGGGGAGCCCGUUUUCGCUGGCAAAGCGCUUGGGCCACCACAGGCAUUCCCAACACGAGUGAUGUUGGGCUGGUCACACCCAUCCCGGCCACCCAAGGUCAAACACAACCCUGAUGAAAUUGAGUUUGACAGCCCUGGUAUAGAUGGACUUGAUGAGGUCUAACUAAGCAUAUGCCUCAAAUAUAAUCUUAUUGCAACAAGCUAUUGACUCGGUAUGUGGCAGAUGAGAAAAAAUAAAACCCACAUUAGGGAUCAGUAGGAAAAGAAUGGAAGUAAAACAGCUGUAACCGUUAUUCCCUUCUACAGUAUAUAAUAUUGUGUAUAGUUCUGAUUUUCCCAUUUGAAAAAUGAUAUAAAGAAGAUGGAGAAAGGUCAAAAGCAGUCAUCAAAAUGAUUAGUGGCUUGAUUAUAUUUGUGUUUGGCACCCUCAGGCAAAAACUAUAUAAAAUAAAUCACUUAGGUUUUAUAGAAGGUGUGGCAGAACUUGUGGGUGAAGUUAAAAGAGGAAUCAACCUAGAAUUCCUACAUAGCCCCACAUGGACUAAGUCCAAAACCUUGAAUUCCGUUGCCCAUUAUCUAACUACAAACAAGUAGUACGCAUUAGUUGGACAUUAAACUUCUCAACUAACAGCAUCAUCUUGUACCUAGCUAAGGGACAAGCGAAUUCAAGGGGGUUGGACCAGGGGUGAAAUGCUCCUGGUUCGGACAGAUCGCCCAAUCCAGUAGUGAUGGCGGGAAGUGGUUCGGAGAACCAAAAGCAAAAAUCCCUGCCCUCCCCCAUGCCCAGCUAAGCCGCGCAAUCAUCAGAGGUUUUUUUUUACUUUGUUGGAAGAAAUAUCCAUCUGGGUUCAGUUCCAAGUGGGGACAAAGACACUGGAAACAUGGAGACUGCUUGGAAAGAUGGUUUAAUGGUGGUCAGGAUCACAUGGCUUGAGAUCCUGAACAGAAAAAGGGCUGAGAUCCUGUGUGCUCCCUGGUUUUAUGCUUUUUCUGAGCUUUGAACUUUCUGGGGCACAGGAAGAGUAUCCUGAUUGGUUGUCAGACUCCCAGGGGGUGGGAGUCUUAGCUAGCCUUGCUGGCUGAUGUAAUCUUCCCAGGUGCCAUGUGGUGAGUUUCAGUUCUAGAUGGGUUCUAUUAUGAUGCAGAUGAUGGCCCAUUAGCAAAGGUGGGGGGUGGCAGGAAGUUGCAGGGAGCUGCUUUGUCUUUAAAACAUGUUUCUCCAUUUCUCAUCCAGGGAAAUAUAUUCUGCCUUUUAAGUAUUUUCUAAAAUAUUUCAUUCUUGUAGGAGGGGGGUGGGUGCUAAAUUCCUACAACUUUUAAAAGCAUUUUUUCUUCAGCCGAAAAAAUGCUUUUAAAAGUAAAAAAAAAAGCCUCUGAUGAUCGCGCAGCUCAGCUGGAAUCGUCAGAGGCUUUAAAACCUCUUCGGCCGAAGAG